ACAUUAUUUUUGAGUGCUUGCUUACACGUCAAACAAUUGAUAUGAUUUUUCAAUAAAAUGUUCAUUAUUUACCGAUAAAAGAGUUAAAUAAUACAAAAGAGGACUGUGAAAUAUAAUACGACUUAUAUCGGUCAUCUGUGGAUGUUCAGACAAGCACACAAAAUCAUUCCUUAGUUGUAACAUUAUUAUAACAUAGGCUAGUCUUAUCACAAAAUGGGGGGCUUAUUUAGUUACUUUAGAGGUUUGCUAGGCGCUCGGGAAAUGAGAAUUUUGAUCCUCGGAUUGGACGGCGCCGGGAAGACAACAAUACUAUACAAAUUGCAAGUUGGCGAAGUAGUCACCACUAUUCCUACAAUUGGCUUUAACGUGGAACAAGUGACGUACAAAAACUUAAAGUUUCAAGUGUGGGAUUUGGGAGGACAGACUAGCAUAAGGCCCUACUGGCGAUGUUACUACGGUAACACAGAUGCAAUAAUAUAUGUUGUAGACUCGGCAGACCGAGAUAGAAUAGGAAUAUCUAAAGAUGAGUUGGUGCAUAUGUUAAGAGAAGAGGAGCUAGCGAACGCGAUCCUAGUGGUGCUGGCCAACAAGCAGGACAUGGCGGGCUGCCUGUCGGUGGCGGAGGUGCACCAGGCGCUGGGGCUGGACGCGCUGCGCGACCGCACCUUCCAGAUCUUCAAGACGUCGGCCGUGCGCGGCGAGGGGCUCGACCUCGCCAUGGACUGGCUCGCCAACGCGCUGCAGGCCAGGAAAUAACGGUACACAUAGGUUUUAUUUAAAGUGGAAUUGUUUGGAGAAGUGAUUGGGGCAGUGGGCGGCCGUCACCACCGCCGCGUGAAGUUGCGUCGCCGUCAGAUGACGUCCUCUAGCAUUAAUUAUAUUAAUCUUCAUUUAAUCUUUGGUGAGCAACUCUAAGUAUUGUUAUUAUGCGUAUUAAAUUAUAUAUCCAUUGUAUUUAAUUCAAAAGUAUCCGUUUGAAGGGCACCUGUUUUAGUAGCACCAAUUUAGUGGAAUAAAAUCACGCGCAUUUGCCACCCCUGGUGUUGCAGAUGUCUGCGGUGACCACUUUCCGUCGUAUGGGCCGCAUACCUGUUUGGUUCAUUGGUAGUAUUACAAAAAUAUACAGACACAGAAUCACAUCUUUAUCCCUUACGGGGUAGACAGAUCCAAGAAUUGCAAACUUCGAAGGUCACGUUUAACUGACUGGCUGGUCAAUGGAAUUGAGGUUAUCGCCUAGUUGGUCGAUUUUCCUUGAUCGACUUGUGGCUGUGACAAUUAUCGCGCCAUAAGUUCAACUUCGAUACACCGACACAACAAAAAUAAUAUACAAGCCGCUGACAGAUGGCGCUAUGGUCAAAUUGACAAAUCUCGAACGCGCAGUUGAAGUUUUCGUCAUCAUUUUGUUUGUUUGUAUACACAAAUGUCUGAAAGUCGGAUUAAAAAAAAAAUUGGUUGGUGCUAAUAAAAUAUAUGCUAUGGACAAAACGCUUUAACACUGUGUUCUAUAAAAUUUGUGAUUUUUAAAUCCAGUAAUUGGAACCUUAUACAAUUAGGCUAUAUGGUUCAUUUUCAUCUGAACAAAUCGGAGUGAUAGUUGGAAGGUGUAUAACUGUAUUAAUUAAUGGGUGAAAUAGAUUAAUUGAAUUGAUGCAUUAAUAAUAUUUGAUUUCGAAUUACUUGUUGUAGUUUAAAUAGUUUUUCGCAAAUAGAAACAUAACUGUAAUUGGACAUUAAUAAUAGCUAAGUUGUAAUAAGCGAUGUAUUUUUUUUAUUCGAAUUAUCAUUGUUUAUUUAAUUAUUUCUCAUUAAUAUUGUUUUGAAGCGAGUGUAAACCUAUAAUUUCUUGCCCGCUUAAAAAUUACCUAUAUUGGAAUCCAAACCUAAAAAAAUUGCCUGAGUUAUUCAUAUUAUCAUCAAAUAGCAUAAUAAUUCCAAUUGGUAUACGGUCCCGCCAGAUAGAUAAUAGUUAAAUAUUUACUGAUAAACAAACUGCCCGCAACUUGGUUCGUGAAAUAAGUAACGAUAGCACACAGGUAUGGAAAUUUGGCGUCACUAUUAUUGGCCAGAUAUUUAAGUUAACUAUAUGUUGGACGUGGAAAAUAAUGAGACCCAUCAUUGGGCCUCACCCAUAAGGGAGGUCAGUGACCCAGCGGUGACACUAAAUGGCUGUUAGUGACGAUUUUCCGAUCGACUUAUUUAUUCUUUAGUCUGAAGAAGGCCUACUACGAAACACACAAUAACGUACGCACGUUACUGACGUCCACAUGUUGUCUCCUUUUUCACAUAUCGUAAACGCAUCGUGUAAAAAAAGAGUGAACGUGUGGAUGCAAUGACGAGUUUGUUUCAUGGUAGCCCCCCCGCUUAAAAUAAAUUUUGCUAUUCGACGGUCGGCGGCGGCACGCCAUCAAAUUGUUUUAAGAGGCGAUGUACCUAUACAUAAGUUAUAUUAAUAUAUAUUUUGUAUCGUGACGUCACCAAGCUAAUUUAUAUUAUAUCGCGAUAAGAGAGAAAUUGUUCCAAAUACAAUAUCAUGUAUUAAAUUGGCUCGUUUAUU